AUGUGUAUUAUAGCCUAUCUUGCAUUUAUAAUUUUUAUUGUGAUUACAAUUUGCAAUGGAACACCAUAUCAACUGCCUAAUAGUUGUGGUUAUAAUUCAUGCAACUUGGGUAAAGCAGAUAGACUUAAUGUCCACCUAGUAGCUCAUACACAUGAUGAUGUUGGUUGGCUCAAAACAGUAGAUCAAUAUUUCUAUGGAGCUCGAAAGGACAUUCGACCUGAAGGUGUUCAAUACAUUAUUGAUUCAGCUAUUGAAUCACUUCUUGAAAAUCCAGAUCGACGAUUUAUAUAUGUUGAAAUU